UGGAGCUCGGGCUAUGGGGGGGCAGUCCAGGCGCCGCCCGUUCGGCCCGGCGAGGACAAAGGCGCGGCUGGGGACGAGCAGGAGGCAAGCGUGAACCAUGGAGCUGCGCGUGGGGAACAAGUACCGCCUGGGCCGGAAGAUCGGGAGUGGGUCCUUCGGAGAUAUCUACCUGGGUGCCAACAUUGCCUCUGGUGAAGAGGUCGCCAUAAAGCUAGAGUGUGUGAAAACGAAGCACCCGCAACUGCACAUCGAGAGCAAGUUCUACAAGAUGAUGCAGGGGGGAGUGGGAAUCCCGUCUAUCAAAUGGUGCGGGGCCGAGGGCGACUACAACGUCAUGGUCAUGGAGCUGCUGGGGCCCAGCCUCGAGGACCUCUUCAACUUCUGCUCCCGCAAGUUCAGCCUCAAGACGGUGCUGCUCCUGGCCGACCAGAUGAUCAGCCGCAUCGAGUACAUCCACUCCAAGAACUUCAUCCACCGGGAUGUCAAGCCCGACAACUUCCUCAUGGGGCUGGGGAAGAAGGGCAACCUGGUCUACAUCAUCGACUUUGGCCUGGCCAAGAAGUACCGGGACGCCCGCACCCACCAGCACAUCCCCUACCGGGAAAACAAGAACCUGACCGGCACUGCCCGCUACGCCUCUAUCAACACCCAUCUGGGCAUCGAGCAGAGCCGCCGAGAUGACCUGGAGAGUCUGGGCUAUGUGCUCAUGUACUUCAACCUGGGCUCCCUGCCCUGGCAAGGCCUCAAGGCAGCCACCAAGCGGCAGAAGUACGAGCGCAUCAGUGAGAAGAAGAUGUCCACGCCCAUCGAGGUGCUCUGCAAAGGCUAUCCCUCCGAGUUCUCAACAUACCUCAACUUCUGCCGGUCCCUGCGGUUCGACGACAAGCCUGACUACUCCUACCUUCGCCAGCUCUUCCGCAACCUCUUCCACCGGCAGGGCUUCUCCUACGACUACGUCUUCGAUUGGAACAUGCUCAAAUUCGGGGCUUCCUCGAGCCAGGCUCUGCCCCGUGACAGCGAAGCUCUUGCACCACCCUGCCCCCGCCCCUGCCCCUGGGCCGGGCCCACGUACUCACCCACGUUCUGGUGCCCGGCGCCCCUGGGCACCCAGGGCCCCUCAGAUAGGCCUGUGGAGGAGGUGGAGGAGCUGCCCCCAAAAAACUACUGGCCCGUGGUCUGGACUCCAGGGCCUCAGUUCUGACAUCGCCAGGUGUGCCUGAGUCCAUCGGGGCCAGGCCUGAGGAGCAGCCCCUGGGGUAGUGGGGGUGACCUCAUGUUGCAGAGAAGGGGCCAAGCACUGGAAGGCCAUGCAGAAACGGCCCUGCCAUGGGGUUUGAGGGAAUGAACCAGCCGCCUAAGGGCCAGGACAGAGCUUGAAGGAGGGUGAUGACCACUCCCCUAGGAGGGGCUUGGCCCAAGGCCAGACUCCGUCAGCAGCCUCUGUAACAAACCUGAACUCAUUAAAUGUCUCCCCUGCUUCACCCUGGUGUGCCUUUCCUUUCCUGGCGGGGCCCCCGUCCCUCUGCCAGAUGCCCAGGACUGAGGCCUUGUUCUCUUGGACGCCAAGGUCAGCGGGUUAUUCUGGGGCUCCUCUUCUCUCUGGGGCUCAGUAGCUUGAUCCUGCUCCCUCAGGAGGAGGACAGAAGCAGGCAGAGACUACUUUCACAGGCCAGGGGCGAGACCUCAGACGGCCUCCUCCUAGGGUGGGACACGAGAUGGACAGCUAGGCACCUGUCACCCUAGACCUUGUGGCUCGGAGCAUGGCUGAGGGCCUGGGGUACCUGGGGCCAGCUCUCCUCAGCACGGGGCGCUGGACACUUGCUCGUCCCCGCAGACGCCAUCCAGUCGGGUGCUGUGGCAGGCGUAGCCCUUCGGCUCAGCCGGACCCAAGGGUAGGUUUUGCUCUCCAGAGCCCGUGCCAGCCAGCGCAGUAAUCCCUGGCUACGCGUAAGCCCUUACUUGUGGAUUCAAAGUUGAAGCUAGUCCUCGGACACAUGUGCCACAUCCCGAGUUCUCAGGUGCCACCGGUGUCUAGCUAGUGGCUGCCGCAUCAGCGAGGCGGCCCUGGACGUUUCUGGCACCCCAGGAAGUUCCGUGGACAGUGCUGUCCCAGACGUCUGCCUGGUAGAGCUGCUCGCGGGACUGCAGCCAAGAUCACUUCCAGAGCCAGAGACAGGUGCUCCCUGCUCACCGAGAGCCCGCGCUCCAUCCCCUUCCUGGGGUCCCUUCGAGGCAGGUCCUGGACUCAGAAGCUGGGCAGAGUGCCCACAUCCUUAUCUCUGGCCUGUCACCAUCACGAGCUUGACCACCUCCGGAUGCACAUUGACAGAAGCUUCUGCAGAGCAUGCAUUGGGGACCUUCUGGUGACACCCUUCACCCAAGGCCAGGCCCUUCUGUACCACUGCGCCCUGCAGGACGCGUCACUCGCACCCACCAGCAGACAGGACACCCUACUGGGCACCAGGGAGUGGAGACACUCCCAUUGGAAGGAUCUUGCCUUUGACCUUGAAGUGACUCCCCUUGACUUUGAAGUGGCCCCUCCAUCAGGGCAUUGGAAUAUGACACCUGGACCCGGGAUGCCACUCAGACACACAGUCCCUGUGUUCCAAGGUCUAGCCCACUGGCCAGGAAGGACUUCGCCAUGGCCAGGGACAGAGGUCACACAACUGGGGUAGCUGCUCACGUGACUUUGAUGCGGACCUUCUGUGUUUUCUCGUGGGCAAAUAAAGGUCAAGAAAGCUC